AUGUCAGACGGCCAAUCUCAACCAGACCAAGAUUACUCUUGGGUCGAAGAUAUCGAUGACCUCACCGCUGCCCCGGCUACCGAAUACCUAGGAUCCCAGCCGGGUGAAGCAGCUUCCAAGCCCAGCACUACCGUCCCGCAAUCUCUUCCAGAGGAUGAAAGUGUCAAAGGUGACUUGCAAUCUAUUGUAGAUGACGAGGGGGAAGGAAAUUAG